CGGCUCUGGCUGCUGGGAAGGCGGAAGCCUCGGCGGUGGGUGUGCCGCGGGAGGAGGUGGUGUCAGCCCAGCGAAAGGCGGCCGCGCUGGCUUGUGAGCUCCGGGAAAUGCGCCUGGCUCCGGGGAGCAGCGCGGCGCUCCCCGCGCCGUCCCCUAAAGCGCCGGGUGGUCCGGGUCAGCCUGGUCGGGCGUAGCGCCGCCACCGCCGCCCUCUUCCCCUUCUGCAGCCAGCCCCCUCCUCCCUGCCAUGGGCGCGGAGCAAAGCGCCGAUGCGGACAGCCGGCCUCACGAGCCCAGCGUGUCGGCAUCCCCUUCACCAGCCAAGCAACGAGCCAAAAUGGAUGACAUUGUGGUGGUGGCGCAAGGGACCCAGUCCUCUCGCAAUGUCAGCAACGACCCUGAAGUCAUCAAGCUGCAGGAAAUCCCAACUUUCCAGCCCCUUCUGAAAGGUCUACUCAGUGGGCAGACGUCUCCGACCAACAUUAAACUGGAGAAGCUGGAUUCUCAGCAAGUUCUGCAGCUCUGUCUCCGGUACCAAGACCACCUUCACCAGUGCGCAGAGGCAGUGGCCUUUGACCAGAAUGCUUUAGUCAAGCGAAUAAAAGAGAUGGACCUUUCAGUAGAAACUCUAUACAGUUUAAUGCAGGAGCGCCAGAAAAGGUACGCCAAGUAUGCGGAGCAGAUCCAGAAGGUCAACGAGAUGUCAGCCAUCCUCCGCCGCAUCCAGAUGGGCAUUGACCAGACAGUCCCCCUCAUGGAGCGGCUCAACAGCCUGCUUCCCGAGAGCGAAAGACUGGAACCCUUCAGCAUGAAGCCUGAGCGGGAACUCAAGCUGUAGUCCUCCGCUCACCACCAUAUCACGGAGCCUGCUUGAAGCAUCCUCGUGUGCUUGCCAGCCAAGGCGUUGCUUCAUCACCAGAGCGCUGUGGCCAGAAGAGUGCACUCGGUUUCUGAGGAUGGUAAUUUCAAACUGGGAAUAAAGCACCCUUUGGAGCAUUAGCUCUUUCACUGUUUCUGGGUCCCCUGCCACAUUCUGGCAUCAUGUUGUUUUAUGAGGUUCAGGCCUCCAUCCUCAUUCUUACAGCAGUCCUACAGCAGUUUUAAACUCUCUUUUUUAAAAACUUUCAAGGAACUCUUGUCACAUGACGAAUCCCCGUUGAGCAAGCCCUGUGCUUGUGCCACAGAAGCCCUUCAGGCUGCAAAGGAUUCUGGGGCAUAUUCUAAGGCAGUGGUUUUCCAGCUGUGUCCCUACGCAUCAUGAGAUAUCUGGGUGAAAGGACUGGAAAUGGAAGUCAAAUUGCUGCUCAUGUGAGCUUUUUUUUGGGGGGGGGGCUGAUUUUCCUCUGCCAGAUGGCUGCUGGGGGUUGUUGGCUCCAUUGUAGGGUGGGUUCUCUUCUUGGCCCAGACUGACCACAAGGCUUUACAAGCCACACUGCCACCCAGCAGAAGUUGAAGACGUGCCCCAGAAUCCUCUGCCACAUGCAAAGAUCCUGCAACUAAUGUGCAGGGGUUUCUUGUGGUUCUUUCCACAAAUCAAUGUGGAAGGCUUUCCCGGAGGACAGAAUGGGUGAAAAACUACCAUUCUAGGGCAUAUACUCUGUUCGCACAAAACACUGACCCGACCUUUUGGGCCUCAUGGCGAUGCCCGUGUGAAAUCAGAGUACAAUUGUAGAACUGGAAGGGGGGACCUUUUAGGCUUGCUAAUCAGACCCCUGACUCAAUACAGGAAAUCCAAAGGAAGACUCCUAACGGAUAGCUGCCCACCUUCUUCUCGAAGAUCUCCAGAGAGAGUGUGAGUGCCUCCACCCUGCUGAUUGUCUAAUUCUUGCUAUGAGGGAGAUGUUCAGCUGCAGUCUAGUUGACUGUCACUUAAGACAUCGCCUUCCCCUCUGGAGUAGCAGAGAACAUGACUUUGCCCUCUUCCAUGUGACCUGAAGAACAGCCUCACGCCCCCCCCCUCCUCCCAGUUUUACCACCUUCAGGCUCAGCAUGCUCCGUUCCUUCAGCCUUUUCCUUGUAGGAUUUGUUUCCCAGACCCCCAGCAAUCCUUGUUGCCUACUUUUCAGUGUUUUAAUGAGAACUCUGCAAAUGUGGUUUUCCCUCAGCUGUGAAUCCACUUAUUUAUUUAUUUAUUUUAUGACAUGUAUACCCCGCCCUCCCCGCAAGC